AUGGGUCGAGUAGACUGGCUGCGCCUUCCGGGUGACUUUGGACAGUUGCUGCCUUCUCUCCGCGAGCUGACGUUUCACGGCACACUAGAUUAUACGUUCGCCUGCUCUGAAAUCGUUCUGCCUCGGACCCUCACUACCCUAGCGCUACUAGAGAGCCUGACCAUUUUCCACUGCUCUGGGAUUUCGAGGCUCCCCGAGGGGUUUGGGAACUUGCGUGCAUUGCAGACGCUGGUGCUGCGGAAGCUUUCUCUCUCAGACCUCCCGGACUCCAUCGUUCAGCUUUCUGCCCUGAAAACGCUGGUGCUGCACACUCUCCCUCUCUCCCGCCUCCCUGAUUCCGUUUGUCAACUCCCUUCCCUGAAAAUACUAGACUGCUGCUCCAGCAGAAAUCAGGGAACUUUCCAGCUGCCCGAAGCGUUCUGCUGUCUCACUGCACUCCAGACCCUUUGCAUUGCGCGCAUGCCGCAACUGAGGCUCCCAGCGGGCAUCGGAAACCUCUUCAAUCUGCAGACGUUUUUUCUGGACAGAUUGCUGCAGCAGCUGCAGCUGCCGGCAACUUUCACCCGGCUGUCCUCCCUGACACGGCUUGAACUGAGCGGCUGCAUGCUUCAAGAGCUUCCCGAAAGCCUCGGGAAUCUGACUAAUUUGCAGGAAUUGCAUGUCUACUCUUGCCCGGCACUUUUGAAGCUUCCAGAGUCCCUAACAAGGCUGUCUAGCCUCGAGAUUCUCAUUGUUGAGAACUGCAGAAGGUUGACUUUCAUUCCCAGGAGCUUGGAGAAAAUUAGGAAGCUUAAAUUGCUUGAGUCAACCAAGGGAAAUGGUCAUGGCAUAGUGGACCUGGCAGAUAUCUCAGUGCUGCCCAAGUUGAGAAAGCUGACCUUAGCACGUCCUGUUAUAAAAGACCCCCCUCACUGGUGUGAGAAGAAUGCAUGGCUGUCGUGUGAGAAAUAA